AUGGACUCUCAACUCCUCACCCCGCUCAGCACCUUAGAAACUAGACUGAACAAUCUCCUAAUGUCCAUGGUCUCUUCCCCAACAGCUGCAGGAGCCCCAGCGGCUGCCCUCUCACUCUUAGAAGCAGAUGACGCCGUCUCGAGCGCCCUUAAAACGCUACACACGCACCAAUCGAACUACGCCAAAAUCCUUCGUCUGCGCGCGGAAGCGCUCGCGCUGGAGCAACGGGUGCGCGACAUCGUCCGCGAAGUCGAGAAUGUGGGCAAUGAAAUAUCCACCGCAUGCCAGCAAGGGGUUGGUGCAAGCGAUGACGGUAGCAGUGACACAGAUAGUGAGAUGGAGACGGAAGGGGAAGAUCCCGAUACGCAGAUGGGAGGCGUGUCGGCUUCUCCUCGUGGUUUCAGCGGGGUAAGAAAAGGGAAAGGGAAGGCCACGAACGAAAUCGACUACAAAUUACUUGUGAAUUUUGCGCGCAGGAUUAGUCGGUAUAACAGUGAUGCGGCCGCGGAUGUUGCUGCCGGCACUCCCGGGAAAACAAUGCCGCCAGAAGGGGACACGGAAGGUCAACAACAGCGAGCAAGUGCUCAUGAAAACAAUGGGGAAGAUGCUGGGCGAGUGGGUACGAGCGGGCAGCGGGUGGCCAAGGGUGUUGGAGUUGCCGCGCUGUCUCAAGAGACAGUGUCCUGGCUGGAUGAAACGGCGAACUGGUCGCGUGAUUUGUCACGUAUGGCAUUCCCGAGUGAAGAACAAAUACGGAUGGGGUUGAUGGGUCAAUUACAGGCGAAGGCGAGCGAAGGAGUGGAUGUGGAGAAGGAACUCGAACGCUUAAUCCGUGCCUCAGAAGGUACUGGCGCCGGUGGUGUUGAUGAAGAUAAUGAUGCGGGUGGUGGGCAUGCGACGGCAAAGGAUGGGAUGGCUAUUGGGCGGGAACAUAUAUCCGUUUCUGGGCAUGGCCAUGCUGGAGGGUCCAUUGGUCAGGCAGAUGCUGUUAUGGGAGGAGUUUCAGCACCGAAGGAGAAACCCAAGGCUGUGUUGGAUCUGGAUUUAUAUGACCCCGAUGAGGAUGAUUAA